UAGCAAAUCACCGUCAGUCAAGCGGUGACGUAACAAAAAAGCUUGAGUGAUUCAUGUGUUUCUAAAUCGUGUAGUCACUCCAGUAAGCUAGUAGCUAUUAAACGUAGCUGAGAAGAGUUUGGAAGUGCUGGUACCUAAUACUACUACUUCACAAUGUCUAUUAUGUCUUAUAACGGAGGGGCCGUCAUGGCCAUGAGAGGGAAGAACUGUGUGGCUAUAGCAGCUGACCGGCGGUUCGGCAUUCAGGCCCAGAUGGUCACUACAGAUUUCCAGAAGAUCUUCCCCAUGGGAGACAGGCUGUACAUCGGGCUGGCUGGGCUGGCGACUGAUGUUCAGACAGUAUCUCAGAGACUUAAAUUUAGACUCAACCUGUAUGAACUGAAGGAGGGCCGGCAGAUCAAGCCCAAGACCUUCAUGAGCAUGGUUUCCAACUUGCUGUAUGAAAGGAGGUUUGGGCCAUACUACAUCGAGCCUGUCAUUGCCGGAUUAGAUCCCAAAACGUUUGAGCCAUUCAUCUGCUCCCUGGAUUUGAUUGGCUGUCCUAUGAUGACCGAAGACUUUGUUGUGAGUGGCACCUGCUCAGAGCAGAUGUAUGGCAUGUGUGAAUCCCUGUGGGAGCCGGACAUGGAACCCGAGGACCUGUUUGAGACCAUCUCCCAGGCAAUGCUGAAUGCAGUCGACAGGGAUGCUGUUUCUGGCAUGGGAGUUGUUGUACAUGUCAUUGAGAAAGACAAGAUCACCACACGAACUCUGAAGGCCAGGAUGGACUAGACUAGUGUUCCCUCAUGGCAGCAGCGCCGAUAUUUUGUAAAAAAAAAACAAUAAUAAUCAAUGCUUGUAAUGUUUUUUCUUAUUACUGUUGUUCAAUAAAUGAACAUAGGAUUAAACUAUGAACUUCA